UUGGUCUUGGUUUUUUGGUCAGGCACCACAUGGUCAGCUUUAACACACCAAACAUCUGGGGUCCUUCUUCCUUUCACGUGUUGUAAACUCUUCCUGACAACGUGAGUUUUAACCAUGCCGAAGUCAAAGAGGGACAAGAAAGUUUCACUGACGAAAACAACCAAGAAGGGUUUGGAAAGCAAACAGAACUUGAUAGAGGAGGUUCGGAAAUGCGUCGACGUAUACCAGAAUUUGUUUAUAUUUUCGGUCGCCAAUAUGAGGAAUAAUAAACUAAAAGACAUAAGGACAGCCUGGAAACACAGCAGGUUCUUCUUUGGCAAAAACAAAGUUAUGAUGGUUGCCUUGGGAAAAGGACGAACAGACGAAUACAAAGAUAAUUUGCACAAGGUUAGCAAGCUCCUAAAAGGAGAAGUGGGUGUGUUGUUCUCAAAUAAAACUAAGGAUGAGGUACAAGAGUAUUUCCGCCAGUUCAAGGAUGUGGAUUACGCACGGGCCGGCAACCCUGCCAGGAUGGCUGUGAAACUGGACGAAGGGCCUCUGGAACAGUUCCCCCACUCCAUGGAGCCACAGUUGAGGCAGUUGGGACUCCCAACUGCCCUCAAGAAGGGAGUGGUGACGCUUCUAAAAGACCACCACGUUUGUAAGGAGGGGGACAUGUUGACUCCUGAGCAGGCUCGUAUUCUGAAACUAUUUGGCUUCGAGAUGGCCGUAUUCAAAGUGCAGAUCAAGUGCAUGUGGAACACAGAAGUUGGAGAGUUUGAAAUCUUUGCAGAGGAGGAAGAAGAUUCUAUCGAAGAUGAAGCAGUCAAACAAGUUUGACUCUUACCUGCUUUUAAGCCAUUUCUUGAGCUUUUGUUUAAACUCAACUCAGCCAAUAUUGGAAAACUGUUUAAGCUGUCAAAGCUUGUGUAUCCUGAAAUUAGCCCAACUCCAUGGACCUUUUAUUUGAACUGGACUGACUAGUGAGCAGUGAGUUGUUGAGCUGUAAUGGUCCUUUGACUUGUGUCACGUUGACGCCCUUUCACAUUAAAUGUAUGUGAAUAUCAA